UGCAAAUAUAGACUUUAUUAUAGACCUUCUUAUCAUCAAGUAUCAUUCUGAAAUUGAAAUUCAUAUAUGUGUGAUUAGUAAGUGUGUGGGUGUGUAUAUAAUAAGUGUGAGUGUGGCCCAUAAAUCCUUCAAAAUAUUUUAACAGCAGGACUAGCUAGAACUAGAAGCCCAAAACAAAAGAGAGAAGGAGAAGGAGUCUAGGAGAGAGGGAGGAAUGAGGAGGAGUGACGGCAGUAAAAACAGCGACGUCAAGGGAACGGCCCUUGAACUGGCCCAAGAGUCAUCCGCACUCUCCCAUCUUCAUCAUAAAAACAAUUAUUAUAACCUAAAUAAUAAUCCCACUCAUCCGCCGCCGCCGCCUCCAACACCGCCCGUUACCAUGGAUCCUGACCAUACAUCCGGCAUCGCCGCCCCUAUCCUCCGCCCCGAUCACCCUCCUCGACGACGCUGCUUCCCCUCCUUCACCUCCAGCUUCGCCAUUAAAACCUCCAUUUGGGCCGAACUUGGCGGCGCUGUUGGCGAUCUCGGAACCUACAUCCCUAUCGUGUUGGCCGUCUCCCUCGUCAACGGUCUAGAUCUCAGUACCACCCUCAUCUUCACCGCCCUUUACAACGCCGCCACCGGCUUCCUCUUCGCCGUCCCCAUGCCCGUUCAGCCGAUGAAGUCCAUUGCGGCUGUCGCUAUCUCCGAGUCGACCCACCUCACCAUUCCUCAGAUCAUGGCUGCCGGCCUCUGCACCGCGGGGGUCCUUUUCAUCCUCGGCGCCACCGGCCUCAUGUCCCUGGCUUACCGUCUAAUCCCCCUCCCCGUCGUCCGUGGCGUACAGCUCUCGCAAGGCCUCGCCUUUGCCUUUACGGCCAUCAAGUACAUCCGCUACAACCAAAACUUCUCCUCCUCGAAAACAUCCAGCUCCGAUACCCGCCCCUGGCUCGGCCUCGACGGUUUAAUCCUCGCCAUCUCCGCUCUCCUGUUCAUCAUCCUCGUCACCGGUUCGGGCGACGAUGAAGACACCAUCCAAGAGCAACAACAAGACGAGGCUCGUUGCGACAAUACUCAGAGACGACGCUGCAUUCGUGGUUCAUUCUUCCGAAAAAUCCCUUCAGCGCUCCUAGUAUUCUUGCUGGGCUUGGCUUUGUGCUUCGCGAGGAACCCGUCGAUCAUCCACAAUAUCAAAUUCGGGCCUUCGAAAAUCACGGUGGUGAAGAUCAGUUGGCAGGACUGGAAAACGGGCUUCAUCCGUGCAGCCAUCCCUCAGAUCCCGCUUUCAGUGCUCAACUCGGUGAUCGCUGUCUGUAAGCUAUCGGCUGACCUCUUUCCUGACAGGCGAGUGACGGCGAGAUCAGUGUCGGUGAGCGUGGGGUUGAUGAACAUGGUGGGCUGCUGGUUCGGAGCCAUGCCUGUGUGCCAUGGGGCCGGGGGACUCGCCGGCCAGUACAGGUUUGGGGGGAGGAGUGGGGCUGCCGUAUUGUUCCUUGCGAUCGGAAAGAUGGUGCUAGGUUUGGUGUUUGGGAACUCGUUCGUGAGGAUAUUGGCGGAGUUCCCGAUUGGGUUGUUGGGCGUGUUGUUGCUCUUUGCGGGGAUCGAGCUCGCCAUGGCCUCCAGGGAUAUGGGAAGUAAAGAGGACUCCUUUGUCAUGCUCAUGUGUGCGGCCGUGUCUCUCACCGGCUCCAGCGCUGCGCUGGGGUUUGGUUGCGGUAUUGUGCUCUACUUGCUGCUCAGGCUCAGGGACCUGGAUUGCUGCUCCUCUGCUCUUCUACUGACCGGAAAACGCCAGCAAGAGGCUAAUAAUAAUGAUGAUCAUAUUGUUUGAGAAAUAAUAAGACAAUUAUAUAAACCAGUACCUGGCAUGCGAGAUUCCUCUCCCAAUUCUUGUCUGUUUUUAAUUUCAUGUUUGUGGGCAUUAUUUAUUUACCCUAGCCUAGAAAAGGGUGAGCAGGAUGAUUGCAGAAGGCCAAAAAAAAAAACAUAUGUUUGACUAUCAGAUCUAUAUCUAAUCUGAUGUUUAUCAGUAUUAUAUAAAAGAAAGCGUCAUUUUUCUA